AUGGCCCAGUCUCGGGCCAACGGGACGCCGGCGAUAGGGCUGGGGAUGCUCGUCCUCGGCAUCAUCAUGGCCGUCUGGAACCUCGUCCCCGGCUUCGGCCCUGCCGACAAACCCACCACCCACGCCGGGAACAGCAGCAAGCCCGACCGCGGCACCGGGGGCAUUUUGAAGAGCAAGACCUUCUCGGUGGCGUACGUGUUGGUGGGGGCGGGCGUGCUGCUGCUGCUGCUUUCUAUCUGCCUGAAUAUCCGGGACAAGAAGAGGCAAAGCGAAGACAUCGCUUGCGUACAGCACCAGGCAUCUGCAGAGCCCUCGCACCAGGAGGACAGUCAAGAAGAGGACGAAGACGUGUCUUCCCAGUACUACGUCCCCAGCUACGAGGAGGUGAUGAACGCGGGCUACUCUGAGCCCAGAGACUUGGACAGGAGCAACAGGAUCAGCAUCUCCCUGCCCUCCUACGAGUCACUG